AUGGCAGCCCAACUCUUCAACCGUAUUGGUCAAGUUGGCCUUGGUGUAGCACUUGUGGGUGGCGUAGUUAAUUCUGCUCUUUAUAAUGUUGAUGGUGGCCACAGAGCAGUAAUCUUUGAUAGAUUUGCUGGUGUAAAAAAUUUAGUGGUGGGGGAAGGCACUCACUUUUUCGUUCCAUGGGUCCAGAGACCAAUUAUUUUUGAUAUCAGAUCCAGACCGAGAAAUGUUCCAACAGUGACUGGAAGCAAAGAUCUUCAAAAUGUCAACAUUACCUUACGUAUCCUAUUCAGACCAGUACCAGACCAGCUGCCAAAAAUUUACACCAUUCUUGGUAUUGAUUAUGAUGAGAGAGUGCUUCCAUCAAUCACUGCUGAGGUUCUUAAAGCCGUUGUUGCACAAUUUGAUGCAGGAGAACUCAUUACACAACGAGAGGUUGUGUCACAAAAAGUGAAUGAAAGCCUUACUGAAAGAGCAUCGCAAUUUGGUUUAAUUUUAGACGACAUAUCCAUAACUCAUCUGACAUUUGGCAAAGAGUUCACUCAAGCAGUAGAAUUGAAACAAGUAGCACAACAAGAAGCAGAAAAAGCUCGAUUCCUAGUAGAGAAAGCUGAACAACAAAAGAAAGCAGCUGUUAUAGCAGCUGAAGGUGAUGCACAAGCUGCUAUACUCCUUGCAAAAUCUUUUGGUACUGCUGGUGAAGGUCUAGUGGAGCUAAGGCGCAUUGAAGCUGCUGAAGAUAUUGCGUACCAACUAGCAAAAUCGCGGAAUGUUACCUAUCUACCUCAAGGGCAAAAUAUUUUGUUAAACCUACCAACACAGAAC